AUGCCGAGUGGACAUCGUACAGCAACAAUAUCUUCGAUUGUGCCAUUAACUUCCGAUGAGCAUGAAGUCGAACUUCAUUCUAUACGUAGAAAUAGUGAUAAUCAAAGUAUAAACUCAAACACAGGUUCUUCACAUGGCAAAUCGAAUUCUAAUGAUAAAAGUCGAUGGAAAAAGUUCUUAAAAAAGUUUGACUUUCUCAAUGUAGAGAAACGUGGUAUCCAACGUGUUUUACCUGAAGAUCGAAAUGAUUCAACAAUUAUUAAUACAGCAAUGAUAUGGGUCAGUUCAAAUAUGAUAAUACCGUGUUUUGCUAUUGGUACACUAGGCCCAGCUGUAUUUAAAUUAGGUUUAUAUGAAUCAUUUGUAGCAAUAAUUAUAUUCAAUAUAAUUGGUAUUAUUCCAACAGCAGCAAUAGCUUGUUUUGGUCCAGCAUCAGGUUUACGUACGAUGGUUUUUUCACGUUAUAGUUGGGGUUUCUAUGGUGCUUCAGUUAUAGCAGCUCUUAAUGUGAUUAGUGCAUUGGGUUGGGCAGCAGUCAAUAGCAUAACCGGUGCUCAAACAUUACGUGUUGUAUUCAAUGAUAAAUUACCUAUCGCUGUUGGAAUUAUUAUUAUUGCUAUAUUAUCAAUGAUUGUUUCAUUUGUGGGUUAUAGAUGGAUUCACAUCUAUGAAAGAUAUUCAUGGAUACCUGUUUUUAUUGCAUAUUGCAUUGUAGCUGGAGUUAGUGGAAAAUAUAUUUCACAUUCUCAAACGAGAACUUUGAAUGCUACGAUAUCAAAUGAAAUUCAUCAUUGGGAUAUUUCUAGUAUAUUAAGUUUUGGUUCAGUAUGUUUUGGUAAUGCAGUUAGUUGGUGUUCAUUUGCAGCUGAUUACACUACAUAUUUUCCUGAAAAUACUAGUCAAAUGAAAGUCUUUGUCUUUACUUAUCUGGGUAAUUUUUUGACCCUAAUACCAUUAGGAUUACUUGGUGCAGCUGUUUAUACAGGAACAUAUACAAAUCCAAGUUGGUCUGAUGCUUAUGAAAAGAACAGUGUAGGUGGAUUAUUAGGUGCAAGUAUAUCAUCUGUGGGUGGUUUUGGUAAAUUUUUAUUAGUAUUAUUUUCAUUAUCAACUGUUGCUUGUAAUAUUCCAAAUAUCUAUUCAUUAUCAUUAUCUUCGCAAGUAGUGGCACCAAUAUUUAAACAUAUUCCACGAAUUGUAUAUACAGUUAUUGGUACUGUCAUCUAUGUGAUACUAGGUAUCGUUGCUGCAAGUAGUUUUAAUAGUGCAUUAACAUCAUUCACAGAUGUUAUUUCAUAUUGGUUUUGUAUAUUUAUCGUUAUUGUAUUUGAAGAACAUCUUAUAUUUCGACGUUGUUCAUAUAAAAAUUAUGAUUUUGAUAUUUAUGAUAAUCGAAAAGUAUUACCAAUAAGUAUAGCUGCAAUUACAUCUGGUUUAAUUGGACUUGCCGGUAUUAUACUUGGAAUGUCACAAACUUGGUUUGAAGGUCCAAUUUCUAAAGCUAUUGCCGGAAAUAGUGGCCAACAUCAUCCCGAUGUUGGAUUUGAAUGUGCAAUCAUUUUUACAGCAGUUACUUUCCCUUUACUUAGACUUCUUGAACUACACUUCAUCAAACGAUAA